AUUGAUCAUUUCUUAUUCAAGAGACGGUACGCAACCACACAGCAACAACAUCUCCUCAUCAGGAAUGUUACAUCAUCUGGACAUCAUUCGAAUACUACGAUUGGACCUAUUCUACUGAAUACAACGACCCUCUUUCUCUCGGGGGGAACACAAGCCAACGUACAUGUACAUCAGUUGAACACUACUACAUCGCCUCAACCCUUGCACAUAACGAUAUCUCCAUCGAACACAACUCAACAUGAUCACUGUGGAGCAAACGAAGUAUAUUCUCAAUGUGUGCCUCAUUGCCAAACAACUUGUAGAGGAGUGGAAGAGUGCAGUGCUAGUCACGGCCCCACAUGCACCUCAGGUUGUACCUGUAAGUCUGGUUACAGGCGCAAUGGACGUGGAAAAUGCGUGCUGCCAAGGCACUGCUAUCUAGCUCCUGGGUGUAAAAAUAACGAGACAUGGUCAAAAUGUGCAACAUGUGAACGGAAAUGUGCUGACACAAAUCAGAUCUGCACUAUCUGCUAUUCCGGAUGUGCGUGUAACGAAGGAUAUGCUCGUAACUCGUCAAACCUCUGCACUCUCCGUUGA